AUGAUUUUCAAAAUCUUACUCCUGUUUCUAAGUGUCAAUUGCGAAGCCUUACCGGAUAAUUAUAUGAAGGAAAUCAAAUCAGAAGAGAUCACACGAUACGGUGUUUGGUAUGGAUACGUGCACUGUAAUGAAGGAGAAUAUGCAGGAGGGAUGCAGUCCAAGUUUUCGGAAAUUCAUGUCCAUUCGUUUUGGUCGUUUUUCAACUUUUUCGAUAACACUGGGCUCAAUGCUGUGAGGCUUUACUGUCAGAGAAUUGGAGCAAGUAAUUCGACCAACGGAUCCUUAAAUCCAAUAAUGAGUGGAGAAGGUGCUGAUGGAAAAUGGGGAGAAGUUAAAUGGUGUCCAAAUGGUACAGUAAUCACUGGCUUCUCGUUGAAAUCAGUGCCAGAUCGUGGGCCAUUCAAGGAUGAUCUGGGAGCCACCUCAUUCCGUGUGUAUUGUGGAAACCCGUUUGAAGGUCGGAGCACAAAAUUGCUCUUGGAAAGUGACAAAAAUGAGUGGGGUACUUGGACUGGCGAUCAAUUUUGUGAUAAGGGUUUCGCGGUGUGUGGAAUCAAGAGUCAAGUUGAAGCUCGGGCAAAAGAUACGACGGCUCUGAAUAAUGUAAACCUGCACUGCUGCCCAGUAUCCGAAGAUGUUAAACUAACAAGUUGUACUCCGAACCUUGUGGCGAUUAGGAUUGAUACUCUGGAUAAUAGACGCGGUGACACCAAACUAGUCAGAGAGCAUCUUGUCACUAAAUCCUAUACACGUACCAACCAGGACACGAAGACGUUGAGUAAAGAGGAGAAGACUUCGUUUUAUAGAAAAAUUGGCGAAGAAUUCGGUUUUAAUGGCGGGUCACCUGUCUCCUUCAAUACUAAGCUAUUGUUCGACGCAGCUCCCGGAACAGUGUCAGAUGUCUACCAACUAGUUAUCCAGUGCGGAGGUGUUCAGCUCGAACUACAAAAAGUUUUCCAAAUUAGCUCGAAAAAGCCCGGUUCCUCUUCAUCGCUACUAGGCCUGUCGAUGGGUGCCACAAUCCUUAUACUUCUCGCUGCAGCUGUGCUUCUAAUAUUUCUGAUUAUUUUAUCAGUUUUCCUGGAUCGAUCAAAAAUGAGCAGGACUGGUGAAGGAGCAAAACGAGUUUCAAAGACCAAGACGGGGACGCCAAUAAAGGAAAUUGGAAGUGUGAAGAAGAUUCGAUGUUUGAAACAUAAAUGAGACUGAAUUAUUGUACAAUCUGUUGAUCCCAUAGCAAAGGCGCUCUAGCGCACAUAAAAUAUUUCACUGCGUA